CGUUUAGCAUUCCUGUCUCCACGACAAUCAACAAGCCACACUACAAAGUACAAACUGAACUGUAUUCUCUCCCUAUAUAACCAGCUUUUUUUUAAUUAAGAAAAACUACAUCAUCACUCACCCAUCUCCACCACCCUCUCUGCUCAUUUUCUAAGACUUUCAUGUGUUAUUAUGGGGGUCAUGUGAUAUUUUAUGUGUUAUUAUGUGGGUCAUGUUCAUGUGAUUGAUAUAUUGGCAUUGAUUAUGGGAUGCAGCUAUUCAAUUGCUAUUGGCUGAUUGAUCAAUAAUCAUGCCAAAGGUUGUCGAGACGCAGAUGUUGCUUCAAGUACUUAUACUGGUGUUCUUCUUCCUCUCGGCCUCUGUCAAAAAUGGAAAUGCAGGGAUAUCGAGUACUUUCAUCCGGUCAGAGUGGCCAUCUAAUGACAUACCUCUUGACCAUGAAGUAUUUGCAGUUCCAAAGGGUCAUAAUGCUCCACAACAAGUGCACAUAACCCAAGGUGAUUACAAUGGAAAGGCUGUAAUUAUCUCGUGGGUGACACCUGAUGAACCAGGCACCAGCAAAGUGCAAUAUGGUGUGUCAAAGAAGAACUAUGAUUUUACUGCAGAGGGGGCAGUGAGAAAUUAUACAUUUUACAAUUAUACGUCUGGCUACAUUCAUCAGUGCCUUGUUGAUGGCCUUGAGUAUGGCACCAAGUACUAUUACAAGAUUGGCAAUGGAGAUUCUUAUCGAGAGUUCUGGUUUCAAACACCUCCGAAGAUCAAUCCAGAUACUCCUUACAAGUUUGGAAUUAUUGGUGACCUGGGCCAGACAUAUAACUCCCUCUCGACGCUUGAGCAUUACAUGCAGAGUGGAGCUCAAGCUGUCUUAUUUGUUGGAGAUCUUGCUUACGCUGAUAGAUACAUGUACAAUGAUGUUGGUAUACGGUGGGAUACCUGGGGUCGUUUCGUUGAGAGAAGUGCAGCAUAUCAGCCAUGGAUGUGGUCUGUUGGAAAUCAUGAAAUAGAAUACAUGCCUUACUUGGGAGAAGUUAUUCCUUUCAAAUCUUAUCUUAACCGAUACCCAACCCCUCAUUUGGCCUCCAAAAGCAGCAGUCCUCUCUGGUAUGCCAUCAGGCGUGCAUCUGCUCAUAUAAUUGUGCUGUCCAGCUAUUCGCCUUUUGUGAAAUAUACCCCUCAGUGGGAAUGGCUCCAAGAAGAACUUGAAAGGGUUGACAGGGAGAAGACACCUUGGCUCAUUGUUCUCAUGCACGUCCCAAUCUACAACAGUAAUGAAGCACACUUCAUGGAAGGUGAAAGUAUGCGGGCAGUCUUUGAGGAGUGGUUUGUUCAUUACAAAGUUGAUGUGAUCUUUGCUGGCCAUGUCCAUGCUUAUGAAAGAUCAUAUCGAAUCUCAAACAUACACUACAAUGUAUCUGGUGGUGACUGCUACCCAGCAGCUGACGAAUCUGCCCCUGUCUACAUCACUGUUGGAGAUGGAGGAAAUCAAGAAGGUCUUGCCGAAAGGUUUAGAGAUCCACAACCAGAUUACUCUGCUUUCAGAGAAGCCAGUUAUGGACACUCUACAUUGGAGAUAAAGAACAGGACACACGCACUCUACCAUUGGAACCGUAAUGAUGAUGGGAAAAAAGUGCCAACUGAUGCAUUUGUUUUGCACAAUCAGUACUGGGGAAGCAAUCUGAGAAGGAGAAAAUUGAAGAAGCAUCAUUUGAGGACUGUUGUUGGUCGGGUUUCAAGUUUCUGAAACUUUUUCAAGAAAUUCAGAACUGUAUUUUCAGAUGGACUCGGCAUGAUUGAUGAAAAUGCCUACAAAAACAAAGUGGCUUGUAUUCUAGUCUCUCCACGACGAUGUUGCCGGCAUUCUUACUGGAGAUUCAUUUUGAUCCUGGUAACUGUAAUAGUUCUUUACAGAAAUCCAUGGAUAAUGCCUGUCCUGUAAGUGCUUGCAGUAUUCUGUCGCAUCAAUGUAGAGCAUUCAGUCAAAUGCUGUCAUGGGUUUUUCUAUCAAAAAAAUAAAAAGGAUAGAUGGAUUAUAUUAA